AUGACCACAGCUACAACACCCCCAGAAAGCGGAGACAAAGCAAAAGAAACGACCUUCACCGUCAGCCAAGUCCGCUCUCUCCCCACCGGCGCAAUCCUCCACAUGGGCUUCUUCCCUUCCUCCUCACCAUUCACACCCCCAACCCACCUCCGCCAAGCCAUCAACAUCCCCCUCCGCACCCUGCACUCCCGCCUCCACACAGCCGGCCACGUAAUCGGCCUCGCCGUAAAUACGCUAAUCCAACGCGGCGACCUCCCCAACACAAUCGCAGACAGCAAAGCAAGCCACUAUCCCAAUGCCGCCUACGUAACUUUCACAGGCUCCAUCCCGUCCACCCUGGCACCUACCAUCCAAUCCACCGUCGACGAAAUGGUCGCGCAGGACCUCCCUGUCAGCAUCUUCUUCUGGGAUGAAGACAGGGCGAGGCGCGAGUGCUACGGUGUUGGCGAUGGGGCCGAGUUGAAAGGGGAUGAGAUGGGUGUUAGGGUUGUGGAGAUGGGGGGUAAGGGGAGCUAUCCGUGUGGGGGGACGCAUGUGGAGAGAUUGGGGGAGUUAGCUAGGGUGGUGGUGAAGGGGGUUAAGAGGAGUAAGGGGGUUAGUCGGAUUAGCUAUGAUGUUGCGGACGUGUGA